AUGGUGAAGUUUUAUGGGUAUUCUUUGAUUUCUUCAUUUACUCCUUUUCAUUCUAUUAUUCUCAAAAAACAGCGCAGAUUGUCAGCAUUUGAUUUAUUUUUCAACAAUUCAACCAAGUCAAGAAGAAUCCUUUCUGUUUGUGCUACUAAAUAUCAAUUACAUAAUAUAAACACUCACACCGAGAUGGGUGCAGAGCAAUAUCGCCCUCCGUUGUUUAGUGUUGCUCCUAUGAUGGAGUGGACUGAUAGUCAUUAUAGGACUGUUGCACGGAUCAUUUCGAAGCAUGCAUGGCUGUAUACCGAGAUGCUUGCUGCCGAAACAAUUGUUUAUCAACAAGGAAAUUUGGACAGAUUUUUGGCAUUUUCUCCUGAACAGCAUCCCAUUGUGCUGCAAAUUGGUGGUAAUAAUUUAGACAACAUUGCAAAAGCAACUGAACUUGCUAAUGCCUAUGGCUAUGAUGAAAUUAACUUGAAUUGUGGCUGUCCUAGUGCCAAGGUAGCUGGACAUGGGUGCUUUGGUGUCCGUCUUAUGCUUGAUCCAAAGUUUGUUGGUGAAGCUAUGUCAGUAAUUGCUGCCAAUACAGAUGUACCUGUCAGUGUUAAGUGCCGAAUUGGUGUAGACGAUCGGGAUUCUUAUAAUGAGCUCUGUGAUUUUAUCUAUAAAGUUUCUUCUCUAUCUCCAACUAAGCAUUUUAUUAUACAUUCACGAAAGGCUCUGCUUAAUGGCAUUAGCCCAGCAGACAAUCGAAGGAUUCCUCCCCUGAAAUAUGAGUACUAUUACGCCCUCUUACGUGAUUUUCCUGACUUAAGAUUUACAAUAAAUGGAGGCAUAGAUUGUGUUGAUGAGGUGAAUGCGGCAUUAAGGGAAGGAGCACAUGGUGUAAUGGUUGGGCGUGCUGCCUACAAUAAUCUCUGGAAGACUCUGGCACAUGUUGAUACAGCAAUAUAUGGUACACCAAACAGUGGUCUUACACGUCGUCAGGUCCUUGAACAAUAUCAAGUAUAUGGGGAUGCUGUUAUGGGAACAUAUGGGAACAAUAGACCUAAUAUGCGAGAAUUGAUAAAGCCUUUAUUUGGUCUUUUCUAUUGUGAGCCUGGAAACAAUUUGUGGAAGCGCAGAGCUGAUGCUGCUUUCCAGAUGAAAAAUAUCACGACCGUCAAAUCCUUUUUUGAGGAAACCCUAGUAGCAAUUCCGGAUGCUGUCUUGGAUGCACCUGUUGCGGAGCUACCAUCUGGUCGUAAAGAUCUUUUUGCUGAUUUACAGGGAUUGCUUCCACCGCCAUAUGAAACCAGAGAAGAGGAGGUGGUAGCAUAUGCUUAG